UAUGCAGAGAAUUUAUGAAUUCUAUGCAUACUGCAUCAUAAAGUUUAUUACAACUAGUAUAGAAAAGUUUAAUUGGAAAAAAUACAAACCUUAUUUAACAGAGACGUGAACACGUUAAUCCAAACCUCUAGCGGAGACCUCAAUUUUUUUUUUUUUCAAAGCAUAUGGUACAAUCGAUCCCCAAGUUCCCAACAUGCAGUAAUAACAUACAACAUGUCGCUUGCGUGGAAUCCUUCGAAGAAACACAGUGAACGUGAGAGAUGGAUAUGCAUUUAUCCAAUAUAUCUGAACAGCAAAAGGAGUUUGGCUAGUGGACGAAAGUUGACCAAGGAUAAAUGUGUGGAGAACCCGACGCAUCAGGAAAUACGGGAUGUGUUGGUAGCAGCGGGUUUCGUCGUAGGCGUCGAGAAUAAACUGCAUCCCAAAGAACGCAGCAAGGAACCUCUAUUUCGUGGUCGUAUUCGUGUGCAGUUAAAAAACGAUGAUGGUACACCAAUACGCGCCGAGUAUCCCACCAGAGAUUCUCUUUUGGAAUAUGUUGGAACCACAAUCCCAAAGUUGAAAACUCGUCAAGGCAAACAGAGUUCUAGUGAACAAAUGUCACAACCAUCCACAUCGACGUCGAAGAAAGGGAAGAACAAGGGAAGGAGGUAAAGAAGAGGAUCUGCAACUAUAAAUCACAACAAAUAUUCACUUAUACAUAUUAUUAUAAAAAAUAUUUGUGUGUAUAUAUAUAUAUAUAUAUACACGUUGUCUUUGCAUUUAGAUUCUGUUUCAUAUAAUGUAUAAGAAUUAAAAUAAUUGCUACAAUAUA